GCGACUGGCGCGAGAUCAGGGGCACGGUCAUUCUAUCUCUAUGGAAACGCAGCGCUGACUGUCAGAGGUGAGUGGAUGAAAAGGUGACAGCGGCGCUUUUGGAUGCGUUACGCACGCGAAACCCUGGGUUCUUCGCUUUGUGUCAAGAUCGCACAAACAAGCUGGCGUAAUUUCUCCAAUAGUAGCUCACUAUCGUUCCUCUGAAUCUAAUCUGGUAAAGAAGGAACCUCCGGAACGUGAACAUGCCUCUGGCACAACUAGUUGACCCUUGGCGCAAGAUGACAAUCGGGAGUGCGGCGAGCGAGACUGAGCCCCAUCACGCCUUGGAGGACUGCAUGGGAGAAGAUGAAAACCUGCUUUGUCAAGAAGAAGUGUCUGUUAAAGAGAUCAGCAUCACACACCAUGUGAAAGAAGGCUCAGAAAAGGCCGACCCACAACAGUUCGAGCUCCGCAAGGUGCUUGGACAGGGCUCCUUUGGAAAGGUAUUUUUGGUGAAGAAAACAACAGGCCCUGAUGCAGGACAGCUUUAUGCAAUGAAAGUGCUGAAGAAAGCCACUCUGAAAGUACGAGACCGGGUCAGGACCAAGAUGGAGCGGGACAUCCUGGUAGAGGUUAAUCAUCCCUUUAUAGUUAAGCUACACUAUGCAUUCCAGACUGAAGGAAAGCUCUAUCUGAUUCUGGACUUUUUAAGAGGCGGGGAUCUUUUUACUCGACUGUCAAAAGAGGUGAUGUUCACAGAGGAGGAUGUGAAGUUUUAUCUGGCUGAACUGGCUUUGGCUCUGGACCAUCUGCAUGGACUGGGCAUCAUCUACAGAGACCUCAAACCAGAGAACAUUCUACUGGAUGAGGAUGGCCACAUAAAGCUGACAGAUUUCGGACUCAGUAAAGAGUCAAUUGAUCAUGAAAACAAAGCGUACUCUUUCUGCGGGACGGUAGAGUAUAUGGCACCAGAGGUGGUGAACCGAAGAGGACACACUUACAGUGCUGACUGGUGGUCUUAUGGUGUACUCAUGUUUGAAAUGCUAACUGGAACGCUGCCUUUCCAAGGCAAGGACCGCAAGGAAACCAUGACUAUGAUUCUGAAGGCCAAGCUUGGAAUGCCUCAGUUUCUGAGCUCAGAAGCUCAAAGUCUCCUCAGAAGCCUUUUCAAACGAAACCCUUCCAAUAGAUUAGGUGCUGGUCCAGAUGGAGUCGAAGAGAUAAAGAGACACCCGUUUUAUGCUACCAUUGACUGGAAUAAAUUAUUUAGAAGAGAGCUUUACCCACCCUUCAAACCUGCCUCUGGUAGACCAGACGACACAUUCUACUUUGACCCAGAAUUCACAGCAAAAUCUCCCAAAGACUCGCCAGGUGUACCACCUAGUGCCAAUGCCAAUCAGCUCUUCAGAGGGUUUAGUUUUGUGGCAAUAAGCUCAGAAGAGGAGUCUCAACCCCUGCAGAGCAACAGUAUGAGCUCUGUAGUUCAGCUGCUCCACAGAAACGUGUCUCAGUUCACUGACUCAUACGAGGUGAAGGAGGAUAUAGGAGUUGGCUCGUAUUCCAUCUGCAAACGCUGCAUACAGAAAAGCACUGGCAUGGAGUACGCAGUGAAGAUUAUCAAUAAAGCUAAAAGGGAUCCAACAGAGGAGGUGGAAAUCCUGUUACGCUAUGGACAACAUCCAAAUGUAAUUACCCUGAAAGACGUAUAUGAUGAUGGGCGCUCAGUGUAUCUGGUGACAGAGCUGCUGAAGGGUGGAGAGCUGCUGGAUAAGAUCCUCAAACAGAAGUUCUUCUCAGAAAGGGAGACCAGUGCUGUGUUGUACACCAUCUCAAAGACUGUGGAGUACCUCCAUGCUCAAGGGGUGGUUCACAGGGAUCUGAAGCCCAGUAACAUCCUUUAUGUUGAUGAAUCUGGGGAUCCUGAGUCCAUCCGGAUCUGUGACUUUGGCUUUGCCAAGCAGUUAAGAGCUGAAAACGGACUGCUGAUGACACCCUGUUAUACUGCAAAUUUUGUGGCUCCAGAGGUGCUGAAGAAACAGGGUUAUGAUGCUGCCUGUGACAUCUGGAGUUUAGGUGUCCUUCUAUACACAAUGUUAACUGGAUUUACUCCAUUUGCUAAUGGCCCAGAGGACACACCUGAAGAGAUUCUGGCUCGAAUCGGCAGUGGGAAGUUUUCUCUCACAGGUGGAUACUGGAAUUCUGUUUCAUCUGAGGCCAAGGACUUGGUGUCUAAGAUGUUGCAUGUAGACCCCCAUCAGAGACUAACAGCUGCACAAGUGUUAAGACAUCCCUGGAUCAUCCACAAAGACCAGCUUCCCAAAUACCAGCUAAACAGACAGGAUGCCCCCCAUUUGGUGAAGGGGGCGAUGGCUGCUACCUACUCGGCCUUGAAUAGGAAUGUUCCUCCAGUGCUGGAGCCCGUGGGCUGCUCUGUUCUCGCUCAGCGCAGGGGGGUAAAAAAACUGACCUCCACUGCUCUAUGAGCACAUACAUACCACAUCCAACCUCUAGUUUGGUUUGAGCAAAGCCUAAUCUCGGCUUGCUUGCUGCAGUGCCCACCUUGCGACAAGGCCUUGGAUCCUAGCGUAGGUUCUGAGGACCCCUGGUGGACAAUCAAAAUCUUCCUUCUCUUGUUAAAACGAGGGCAAACUAAAUUGUUUUGCCUGUACAGUUAUUGCUGCCUCCAAACCUCUGAAGUAUCAGGACAGUUCUGUGGACUUCAUCUGAGUAACAGUAUCAUUCAUGAAUAUAAACCUGUAAAUAUGCUGUAUAUCAGCUAUUAUAUAAAGCUAAGUAUUUCAUGUAUUCAUAGAGGGUGGGGAUUUUACAGAGUAAACUUUUGAUAUUGUAACAAAUUCCAACAGAUACAUGUGCCGAAGUGUGCACACAGUUGAGAAAAGCUCCAGUUGUAUGGGGGUGUUGUAUGUGGGGAAAGUUAUGUGCUUUCAAAUCAUCACUGAAUAGUCCAAGUAUAUUGUAUUGUGCUCUUACUUAAAUCUACUGCACUUGUCCCCUAUCUCAAAUCAUGAAAGCCACUGUCCCACCACUACUUUACUUUUUCCUAUUUAUCCUUUAACAAAAAAAACUGAAAGUCCUCUAAGCAGACCUGCAUUCACUUUUGGGUGCACUAUCCCCUUGUGUUGUUUCACACCCACUUAUUGUCAUCUGUGGCACAAAAAAGAUGAUGUUAGGCAGAAUGACAGCUUCAGUCACCCUUCAUUUUUAUUGUAUGGAAAAAAGAUGCAAUUAAAUUGGAUGGUAACUGAGGUUAACUUUCUGCCCAUCUCCUUUUGUGUUCCACAGAAGAAAGUCAGUCACACAGAACAACAUGAGUGUGAAUAAAAGACAGCAUUGUCUUUCUGGUUGAACUGUUCCUUUAAGAUAUGUUUUUUUACAGGACAACAAUGUGAAAUGGCCCAAAGCACAAAAUUGCAAUGGAGGCCACCGCUGCUGUAAGCAGCAAAGAAUGUCAAAUAGAAAACUCAGGUGAAAUGCAAUACAUAAAUAAGCUGGAAAGGAAAAUGUAUACAGCUGUAUCGCCUCACCUAAAAACCUGCUGACCUGUGUAAUUGUUGUAUGUAGGAAGGUUUUGCUCAGAAAUAUAUGUAGUGACUUUUUGAAGUGACUACUCGCAGCCUUAGACAUAUUUUUAUAAAUGUGCAUGGGCAAGAUGCUAUAUUAGCUUGUAGCUCUGUGGAAGUUUAUGAGCAUGACUGAGGAAGUUUCCCCCCUCUUUUUGACAACUUAUUUUAAUUCCUUUAAGUUUUUUUUUUUUUUUCUUAAAAUCAAGUUUAAACAUUGUUGUACAUUUUCUUUUCAUCUCAGUUGUAUUAUUCCUGUCUUGGAAGAGUGUUGGAAAAAUGUUGCUGUCCAUGUAAGCAAGCUGCUAUCCUGUUCUUUCAUUUUGUACAUG